AGCUGGAAUAUUGGCAGCACCAUUCACUUCCUGCUGAAGGAAACCGUGUCUUCUGCUAUGGCUGCCCUCAAGGACAGGGUGCAAGACCUAGAGAACUCCGUGCGCCACUUGCAUGCGAUCCACGGGUCUGUCCAGGCCCUGAUCUGGGAGCAGGAGGAGCUGGCAUCGACGCUGAAGGAGCAGAGGCAAAGCCUUACUUCCCUCCUGGAAGAGCCCCAUUGCACGUACUGCAUGGGGGUCCUCAGCAGAGCUCAGGACUUGAAGUUGGGGGCUGACUUCCAAAAUGUGCCUUCUGUUGAAAAAGUUUUGAAAAAUUUGCACGGGCUGCCUCAGACGAAUUUCUCUGAAAUGAUUCACAAAGCCAACAACAGUUUCAAUGCAAUUCCACAAUUUACAGUAAUGAAAAUGGAUAAAAUUGUUCAAGAGCUGAAGAAGGACGUCGAGAGAGUUGCCCAAAAGGUCCAGUUGGUUGCAGAUGACUUCCCCAUCUCUGACCAGACCCGUCCCAUGAACGACGCCUUGGCGAAGGCAGAGAAUAUGAGCCGCCCAUUCCUGAAGCAGUUGAAGCCUUUUGAGACUUACAGGUGGAUUGUAGGUACAAUCGCAUGCACAAUUAUCCUGCUGAUUGUCUUCUGUAAUGUGCUGGGCCUUUCCUUUGGCACUUAUGGCUUGGUUGUGCGAGAGGAUCCCAGUGACUACGAGAGCCGGGCUGAAGCUGGAGCCAAAUUUCUCAUCAUGGGCGUCACCUUCAGCUUCCUCUUCUCCUGGAUUCUGAUUCUCUUGGUCUCGGUCACCUUUCUGAUUGGAGGAAACAUCCAAACGUUGGUGUGCAAACCUUGGGCCGACCGAGAGAUCCUCAGAUUCAUCGACACCCCCGGCAACCUCCCACCUUCCAUGAAUGCCUCUCAGUACCUUGGCUUAAAGCAGAAUCUCAACCUCACGUCAGCGUAUCAGCAGUGCAAGAACGGUGCGGGCCUCUGGGAAGUCCUGCAACUGAAGGACCACUAUAGCCUCGGCGAGCAUCUCACCGUUGCCAAGUACACGGCUGAGUUUCAGGAACGUCUCCGUGCCCUCAACUUCCACUUCGAAGACCUUGUUUUGCUGAAUGCCGAAGGGAGGCGCGACUUGGAGGCCUUCAGAAAGAGCCAGGUGGACUUGGUCAACUACGCUGACUUCACGGCAGAGUUGCGCAACCCUGUGGUGAAGACCAACGUGGAAGGAUUGGCAGUAGAUCUUGAAAGGUUGAGUAACGUUCAGAGCGACAGAACUCUGGCAGGACGAUUGGUGGAGGAAGCUCACAAGCUGAGAAGAAUCCAGAACCAGGGAGUCCUCCCAAUGGAGGCCCUCGUGGCACAACUGAAAGAAAGUGUCCAGUUUUUAACAACCAUGUCACCUAGCUUCCAGGCUCAAUUCAACAACACCGAAUCCCAGAUCACCCUUGUGGAGGCCAUUCUCCCCUUACAGACCCAGAAGAUUCUCAGGCAGGAGUUGGACUGCUUUGCAAGGAAAGAAUUGGGAUAUAUCUCCCAGUACCUGAACUGGAUGAGGACCACGCUGGCUGAGGAUGUGGCUUCCUGCCAGCCCUUUUCCACUGCUCUGGACAAUGGCCGGGUAAUCUUGUGCAAUCGCAUCCUGGAUCCUUGGAAUGCCUUUUGGUUCAGCCUGGGUGGAUGCGCCUUCUUCCUCCUUCCUGGUAUCUUUCUUGCCCUCAAGAUGAUGAAGCAUUUUCGUCCAAUUCGGCACAAAUUAGUUUCUACUGGAUCAGAUGAAACGUUUCCCUUCCACAUCCCACGGGUCACGUCUCUGCGGCUGUAAGGCCUCCCCGACCGCCCCUCCGGAUGCCCAGGUGAGGGGACCGACGGCUGCUCCUUCCAGGAAGUGCCCUUCGCUGGGUCUCCCGCAAAAAGGUCCUCCUUCCAGAACUGCAGUAUCGUCCGCGCGUUGAUGGGCAGGACUGUUUCCCAGAGACCUUCGCCAAAGGCCCACUCCCAGUGACCCUGGCUGAAAUUAGG